AAAAGUCAAUCUUAUCGAAGUUUUUUUUUUUUUUGUAGAAAAAUUUAAUAAAAAAAUAUUACCAAUAUAAUACACUCAAUUAUUUAUUGGGCAUACUAUUUUAUAGUUGAAAGGAAUUUAAAUAAUUCUGGGCUACAUUAAGAAAAUUAUUUACAAAUUCAAAUACUUUAAAUGUCUGCUGGUACCUCACAGGGCCCUAAACUCUUAAAUGGGUUCAAGCAUUUUACCCGUUUUGAUAAAGGAUUAGGUGCUCAAUUACCAGAGGCUUAUAGAAAGUUUUGGAGAGAAUGGAAAAACGCUAAGCCAACAGCAGUUCAUUAUAUACCAAAAGAAGGGACGUGGGAAAGAGACGAGUUUACUGGGCUUGUAAAACCAAUUCAAGAUGUACCAAUUCCUUUAAUUGAUGUACCAGAAUCAAAUAGAGGAAUAUGGGGUGGUGAAGCAGUAAUCAAGGGAUUUCAGAAACGUAAUCAAUAUAAAAGAAGAGUGCCACAUUUUUGGGUUCCACUUUUAAGACGUUCUGCAGUGUAUAGUGCCGUUUUAGACGAAUAUAUGUCAAUGGUUGUAACUGAAAGAACCAUAAAUUUAAUAUUCGAAAGCCACGGAUUUGACCAUUAUUUAUUGAAGACCCCAGCUUGUGACUUACGUUCAAUAUUAGCAUUAAAACUCAAGGCAAAAAUUUUGCAAAGUUUAUCAAGUGGUUGCCCAAAUUUAAAAGACCAACCUGACAAACAAGCUUAUGUUCUAAAAGAAUAUGGAAAAUAUCUAGAACAGUACACUAACGAAGAAAUAGAAUGGUACGGAUUAACAUUUAACGAGGCGAUAAAUAAAUUGAAAGACCAAAUAAAAGCGGAAAACCCUGUGGUUCCUCAUAAAAUUGAAUUUCGUAAGCAGUUAAUUGAGCAAUUGAAAAAUGCAAAACUUACCGAAGGUGACCAAAUUCUCAAAAGUGAAAAAUUAGAAGCGGUUAAUAUAAAUGAAUCUUCGUCUAGUUGGUUUUCUAAAAUGAACCCAUUUGGAAGAAAGCAUGAAAGCUAAUUAAAAAGGGAAAUCUUAGAGAAACUUAAUAUAUUGAGUUCGAUUGUUUGAAAUGUUAGGACUAAUUUGUUAAUAAAAGCAAAACAAUA